AUGGCGUCGAACAAGGCGCCCAGCGCAGGUUCAGAAACCGCCACGAAAGUGUCCAUACUCGGCAAGGACACCAUCAUAGUCGACUAUGGACUGUGGCCUCACUACGCAACACAUGAUCUCCUCGCUAACAUUCCCUCGUCGACCUAUGUUCUCAUUUGCGACUCCAACCUCGCCAAAUUGCCCUAUGUCCCCGCCUUCAUCCGGUCUUUCGAGGCCGAGCGCGCCAAGCUGGGUAAGAGAGCGGAGGAUGUACGACUCCUCGUCUACGACACCAUCCCACCCGGCGAAACGAGCAAGAGCCGUAAGGUCAAAGCCCAAAUCGAAGACUGGCUCCUCAGUCAAGGAUGCACGAGGGAUACUAUCCUGCUUGCAUUAGGCGGUGGGGUCAUGGGAGACUUACUCGGAUAUGUUGCUGCGACAUACAUGCGGGGCAUCAAGUUCGUACAGAUCCCGACGAGUCUGCUGAGCAUGGUCGAUAGUUCGAUUGGCGGGAAAACGGCCAUUGAUGUUCCUAUGGGAAAGAAUUUGGUAGGAGCAUUCUGGCAACCAGAGAGGAUUUACAUUGAUCUGGCUUUCUUGGAGACAUUGGACAAGAGGCAAGUUUGCAAUGGAAUGGCUGAGGUGGUGAAGACUGCUGCAAUCUGGGAUGAGAGGGAAUUUGAGAGGUUGGAAGAAGGCGCCGAUGCUAUCAUGGCUGCUUUGGAGAGGCCGCUGGGAAGAGGACGGUUUGAGGGCAUCGAGAAUGUGUUCAAGAGGAUCGUGCUGGGCAGUGCACGUGUCAAGGCAGAAGUUGUUACUGCAGAUGAGAGGGAAGGUGGGUUACGAAAUCUGCUCAACUUUGGACACUCUAUUGGCCAUGCUUAUGAGGCUAUUCUGACUCCGGAAAUUCUACAUGGAGAGUGUGUUGCUGUGGGUAUGGUGAAAGAGGCAGAGCUGGCAAGAUACCUGGGCAUACUGGAGCCUGCUGCUGUAGCGAGGCUGACAAAGGCCAUCAAGAGUUAUGGACUACCGACGAGCUUGGAGGACAAGUUCAUUACCAAGAAGACGAGGAAAGUCUGCAAAGCGGACGAGCUGCUCAGGAAGAUGGCAGUAGACAAAAAGAACGCUGGGUCGAAGAAGAAGAUUGCACUGCUGGAAUCGAUCGGGAAAUGCUAUGAGCCAGAGACUGGACCAGGAGCAGCCAAGUGCGAUGAUGAAGAUAUUAGGAUUGUUCUUUGUCCCUCUGUGCUGGUCAAGCCUGGCGUGCCCGAAGGCUUGGACGUAGUGUGCAAACCCCCCGGAAGCAAGAGCAUCUCGAAUCGAAUAUUACUAAUGGCAGCGCUGGGCAAGGGAGAAUGCAGGAUUACCAAUUUGCUAGCUUCCGAUGACACACAAUACAUGCUCUCUGCGAUCGCGAGUCUACGAGGUGCGACAUAUGCAUGGGAAGAUUCAGGCCGUGUGCUGGUUGUGAAUGGCAACGGUGGAAAUUUGAAGGCCUCAGCAGAUGAAAUCUUUAUUGGCAAUGCUGGCACUGCUUCGCGCUUCUUGACGACAGCCCUGACUCUGGCAGAACCUUCCAAAGAAGCAUCUCACACUAUCCUGACUGGGAACGCUCGCAUGCAAGAACGACCGCAAGGUCCACUGGUUGAUGCCCUCAAAUCAAACGGCGUCGACAUGGAGUAUCUCGGUAAGCCGGGCAGCCAAAGCCUGCCUCUGCGCAUUGGUGCAGCCGGCGGCUUUGAAGGCGGUGACAUUGAGCUCACAGCAAAGGUCUCGUCGCAGUACGUCUCCUCAAUUCUCAUAUCAGCUCCAUAUGCGAAAAAGCCUGUGACUCUGCGCCUUGUCGGCGGCAAGGUCAUCAGUCAGCUGUUCAAGAAAUCUAUGAUUGCCUUGAUGUCUCGCCCCCAGUUCUUUCCGACGGAAUCCAUCCCAGUCAUUAUCCUUGAGCAUCUCAGGAAUCGACAUGCCUUCCUGUUUCUCAAGUUCAAGGUCCAUGUCGAUGAAUGGCCAACCCAGAAUUCGUGCAGCCCAGCCUCCAGUCGUGGUCUUACCAGCACCUCGCAUGCCAAUGAUGAAGACAGACUUCUUGACUUCUCCAUUCACAUAACCAUUGAUUUCAGCGACGCCGUUGGUGUGGCCGUUCGUGUGACCAUUAGCGUGAGGUUGCUCAGGCUCGACACCCUCGAGUUUGACGCCAAAAGUCUGGUGCAGGACGUCCCACCAGCCAGGCCAAGUCUUGCCAGUACACUCUCGCUCGAGAAUCAGCGUGCCCUUCGGUGCAACAGCAGCAAGGACACUGAAACUCAUCGCCACUCUGUGGUCAUCGUAGCAAUCUAUGGCGCUAGAGGGCGCCUGAAUGUUACUACCAACGCCAUCAAUCUCAAUACCGUCAUCCAGCUCUCUGCACGUCACACCAAACUUUGCAAGCUCAUCGAUCAUCGCUACAAUGCGGUUGCACUCUUUAACUUUCUGGUUUGCAAUGCCGAUGAUUCUUGUUGUCGCGCCAUAUUUGUUCGGUUCAGAAACAGCAGCGAGGACAGAUGCAGUCAGGAAAGCAUCAGUCAUGGGCUCCAUGUCCAACUCGGGUAUGGGCUUGAGCUUGCCGACCGGAGGUCCUGUGACUGUUGUGCUCGUCUCCGUCUGCUCCACCGUACAUCCCAUGGGGCGGAGUACAUCAACAGCGAAGCGCGCAUCGCCUUGCAAGGAAGAAGACCCGAUGUUUGGCACCGUGCACUUUGUCCCGGUAAUGGCCGCAAUAGCGAGGGGGUAAGUCGCGCUACUCGCAUCACUUUCAACCUCGUAUUCAGCUGGGUUGAUGUAGCUCUGCUUGGGAAUGUGGUAAACGUUCUCCUCCCCAUCAUGGCAAUAGUCAUAUCGAUGUAUAUUGACAAGACUCGCCCUGCGUAUGUCGAAGACAUGAUGGGCGUCUACCUCAGGCGUAAGCCGUGGUUUGAGGAAUGCAGUAACUUGCACUACCAUAGCCAGACUGUGGACGAGACAACUGCCAUUGUAGGUUGGACCAGCCCCUUGGACGACUUCACGAGGUUCCUGAACACCAUGACAGGGAGAAGCGGAGCAUUGCAGAAGAUCUUGGCAAAGCAGCAUUCGUUCUUCAUCGCCUUGACAAGCCCUACGAUACAACAAAUUGUUCCUAUCUUGCCGGAGGUGACAAUGGGCAGUGAUGCUAUUGAGCUCAGAGUCGAUUUGCUCGUGGAUCCAGACAAAGAACCAGGAGAAACGCACUGGAGGCCUGGGUUCCUGAGCGAGCAGGUUGCCCUCCUGAGAGCUUCGACCACUCUGCCUUUGAUUUUCACGUUGAGGAGUGUCAGUCAAGGUGGCCAGUUUCCCGACGAGGCGACCGAGCAAGCCAUUGCGCUCUAUGCGGAAGGUUUGCGCAUGGGCUUCGAUUUCGUGGACCUGGAACUGACCGCUGCGCCUGAGCUCAAGGAAUAUGUAUUGAGCCACAGGAAGAUGUGCACCAUAAUUUCUUCGCACCACGAUCCUAAGGGCCAGCUUUCCUGGGCCGAUGGUGCAGAAGAGUGGAGAGCUCACUUCGAUGCAGCGCGCCAAUAUGGCGACAUUGUGAAGCUCAUCGGUGUGGCCAAGGACUCUGACGCCAACGAUGAUCUCAAAGCAUUCAAGAAAACAGUGGCCAAGGAGUUCCCGCACUUGCCUGUCAUCGCUAUGAACAUGGGCGAGUUGGGCAAAAUGAGCAGAGUCACCAACGGUUUCAUGACACCCGUCAGCCAUCCUGCCUUGCCUGUCAAAGCUGCGCCUGGUCAGGUAUCGGCGGCCGAGAUCAGAAAAGUGCUCGGCAUCGUCGGUGAGAUACCUGCGAAGAAGUUCUAUCUAUUCGGAAAGCCUGUGCAGCAAUCGCGCUCACCAGCUUUGCACAAUACACUCUUCAACCUGACUGGCUUACCACAUAUCUACGGAACCCACGAGACGGAUCAAGCAUCCUCGGCUGCAGACAUCAUCCGCUCGCCUGAGUUUGGCGGAGCCAGUGUCACCAUUCCCCUCAAGCUCGACAUCAUGCCUUUGCUCGAUGCCAUUGAUCCUGCGGCGCAGACGAUCGGCGCCGUGAACACCAUCGUGCCCACCAAAUCGUCUUCUGGCAAGAACAUGCUUGUUGGUCACAAUACAGACUGGCAAGGCAUGGUUCUCGCGCUCCGUAACGCUGGCGCACAAAGUACGCCGGCUGCAGUGAGCCGCGAAGCUGGCAUGGUGGUCGGUGGAGGCGGUACAGCGAGAGCUGCGAUUUACGCUUUGAAAAACAUGGGAUAUAGUCCCAUCUACUUACUUGGCAGAAACAAGACCAAGCUGGCACAACUCACUGCUUCUUUCCCAGCAGAGUACAACAUCACGCUGUUAUCCAGCCCCGAAGAAGCAAGGCAAGUUGCUGUCCCACCUGUUGUUGCUGUGGGUACGAUUCCUGGUGAUCUGCCUAUUGAUACGACGCUGGAGAGUAUCUUGCAGACCGUCUUCGCGCAGAGUGCAGCGACUACACGCAGCAAGGUAUUGCUCGAAAUGGCCUAUAAACCCGCUGUCACGCAACUCAUGGAGCUGGCAGAGAAGAGUGGAUGGAACACUGUGCCUGGUCUGGAGGCGCUGGUCGCGCAGGGUGUACACCAGUUCAAGCUGUGGACAGACAUCAUGCCACUCUAUGAGGUCAGCCGAAACGCGGUCUUGGGAAGAUCGUGA